AUGAUUUCACUCUACACCGUUUUGGUUCUGACCUCCUUAGCUCCAAUUCCCGGCGUGAGUUGGCCAACACCACAACCAUUUCCUGUGGACCAAAUGGAUUCUCACUUGGAGGGCUCCCCAACUUCACCGAGCAAGAGUAAUCGAGCUCUUCCACUUCCGGCGAAUCAGAUCAACACGGCUCCUCUAUCUCCGGCAAGGGUUGGACCGUCCACCAUUGUCACACCCCCAUCUCCGGCCAUGGUUGGACCGUCUACCAUUGACACACAUUCAUCACCGUCUCGUCCAACCCGUCUACGACAGAGCACACCUCCAUCGUCGCCAAGGGUUGGACCGUAUACUAGUGUCACGUCUCCGUCGACGGUUGGACCGUCUACCUUUGUCACACCUGCAUCUCCGGCGACGGUCGGACCAUCCGUGACUAUCACACCUCCGUCUCCGGAAACAGUUGGACCGUUAAUUAUUGUCACACCUCCGUCUCCACUGACGGUUGGGCCGUCCUCUAUUAUCACACCUCUACCUCCGGCGAGGGUUGAGCCGUCCACCAUUGUCACAGCUCCAUCUCCGGCGUCGGUUGGACCUUCCACCACCAUCGUCACACCUCCAUCUCCGACGACGGUUGGACCAUCCACCACUAUCGUCACACCUCCAUUUACAAUGAGAACAAUUUCUUCAUCAACGGCUCCCUCAAUCCAGACACGACAGAACAGCCAACCGAUUUUACCAAGUCAGAACCAUCAAGAGUUCCAGUCGUCAGAAGAACACCCAGCUCCUCCUCCUAUAAGAAUUCCCUGGUACCACCAUAACGCGUUUUUCGNCAUUGAAGGUAAUGGACAACAGGGCGUGCCACCAAAUGAAUUCCACAGAAUGGACCGUCUAAGCAUUUGCGUGCUAAAUUAUUUCUUGGCCAGUGGAUUGAGCCACACAGCCUCAUGGUGUCAACGCCCAAGACUCAGUACGAGCAUCCAUAUCCAAUGCUUCCUCAAUCAGGUUGCUUUCUCUCUGUUACUCUUGGCUCACGCCGUCUUUCCCCGAACACACCCAAUCUUGGCGUUUAUUAUGGAUCGUCUCUCCUUCUUAUUAAUCGUGAUCACAGCUUACUUAGCUUCCAUGCCCAUGUUUCCUCCAUAUAUAGCUAUCGUUAUGUUUCUUGUUGUUGCUUUAGUCUACAUGUUUGCUCGUUUCAGGCGUUAA